AUGGCUUCUGGUUCUAAUUCAAAUUAUGUGAUGUGUUGGUUGUAUUAUGAUGGUAACAUUAUCAGUAAUAGUGUUAUUGGUUCUACGUACGAUAAAGAUCCUAUUCGAUUUGUGAAGUUGCUCUUCAAUUUGAAGUUUGGAGGAUUAUUGGAUCUUUUGUAUGCAAAAUUGUUUAUUGAUCCGAGUAUGUACAAGUUGAAACUGCUGCGUAGAGUUUUAAAUACUACGACAAACAAGUUUGUUGUUGCUCCAAUUGUUGAUGAUGAUGACGUUGAGUAUAUGUUCGAAUCUUUAGAUGGUUCGGGUAGUAAGGUUCAUGUGGAGCUUUAUGUGGAAAAGAUUUCAAUUGAUACGGUCCAAAAUUCGAAUGAUGUGGUUCAAUGUUCGAAAACGGGUGAAAGUUCUAAAAAUACUUCAACUUCACACAACUCACAAAGUGUGCAAGGUGAGAAUACUUCAAGCAGUAGUACAAGUAGGUCACUAUAUAUGUCUCGGGUAGAUAGUGAAGGCAACUCAAGAGGAAGUAGUGAGUUUAGAGAUGAUGAUAUACCUUAUUAUAGGUCAUUUGAUGGCUCGUCAAUGGUAAUUUCAUAUAAGGAGCCAAUUAUGCAAAAGGUUGGUGAUCUGCAUAAUCCAGCAGAGUUGACAAGGGGAAUGGUAUUUAAGACAAAAGAGGAGUUGUUGGAGGUGGUAAAGCGUGUUCAUAUAGCCAAUCAUCAAGAGUUCAAAGUGGUAAGGUCUGAUCCAUUGACUUGGGAUUUGGAAUGCAAAUUGGCAACAACAGGUUGUCGAUGGAAGUUGAGGGCCAGAAAGAGGGCAACACAUAGUUGUUUUGAAAUUAUGUCCACUAAGGGACCGCACACUUGUCUCAAUCAGUCUAUAUCACAAGAUCAUCACAAUUUGAAUUCUACAAAUAUUGCACAAAUCAUUACUGGCCUUAUAGCUGCAGAUCCUUCAGUUUCAGAUAAGGUGUUAGUGUCUACCAUUGUGAAGGAAUUUGGUUAUACACCAUCAAAGAAGAAGGUUAGAGAUGCAAGAAGGAUUGCUACUAAUACAGUUUAUGGGUCUUGGGAGCAGUCGUAUCAGAAACUUCCUUUGUUUUUAAAUGCUCUACAGAUUUCCAAUCCUGGCACACAGAUUGAUUGGUACUUCAAGGAGCAUGACAUGAGACAGCCUAUAUCUGAGGUGGUGAGAUUCAAGCGAGUCUUUUGGACAUUCCAGCCUUGCAUAGAUGCAUUUGCACACUGCAUACCGGUACUUCAGAUUGACGGUACACAUCUAUAUGGAAAGUAUGGUGGGGUCUUGCUUACAGCUACAGCGAUUGAUGGCUUCUACCACCUUCUUCCGGUUGCUUUUGCCAUUGUCGAGGGGGAAAAUGUAGGAAGCUGGACUUGGUUCAUGGUGAGAUUGAGAAGGGUAGUAGUUGCAGAGCGAACAAGAGUGUGCGUCAUUUCUGAUAGACACGCGGGAAUCAUUUCUGCUAUGAACAACCCUGCAGUUGGUUGGUGUGAGCCACUUGGGCAUCAUAGAUUUUGUGUGAGACACCUAGCAGCUAACUUUGCCAAGAAGUUCAAGAAAAUCAAUUUGAAGGAUAGGGUGGUUGCAAUGUGUAGCCAAUUAACUGUGGCCAAGUCAAAUUUGCAUUGGAAUGCAUUAUUGGCAGUUGAGCCAAGAGCUGAUGAGUGGUUUAGUGAAAUCAACCCAAUACAGUCUACUUUGGCAUAUGAUGGAGGCAAGAGAUAUGGUAUCAUGACCACGAACAUGGCUGAAAGUUGGAACAAUGCCAUUAAAGCUUCGAGAAAACUCCCGAUCACUGCAUUAGUUACUUCCUUAUUUUAUAAGGUGGUUAGCUACUUUGACCAACGCAGGGUGGAGAUUGAGAAACAAAGCAUUAAUGGGAAUGAGUUCACCAAACAUGCAAAUCAGAUUCUUGCCAAAUGGAUAAAGCGUGCAAGUGGACAUCAUGUGAGAUUGUUUGAUAGGAAUACUUUGGUAUUUGAGGUUACUACAAUGAAACAUGGUCAAAAGGGUGGGAACAAACAAAUUGUGCAAUUACAUGAUCACAUUUGCACUUGUAACAAGUGGCAAACAUAUCAUAUUCCAUGUUCCCAUGUACUUGCAUGUUGUGCUAAUGUAGGAUUGCAAUACACAAGCUUCAUAGAUGACUGUUACAAGCUAGAGAAUGCAAGAAAAGUUUAUGCAGGGCACUUUCAACCAAUCUUAAAUCAGAGUGACUGGCCUUCAUUGAUAGGUUUUCCAUUGGUGUUGCAUGAUGAUGAGAACAUUACAAAAAAAGCGGGGCGAAGGAAGUCAACAAGGUACAAGAAUGAAAUGGAUUAUCAAGCACUGGGAAAAGGCAAAGGAACUUCUUGUAGCGGAGCUUCAUCAAGUAUUCCAUAG